UAUACAUGAUAUUUAUCAUUGUGGUAUGUACAAACUUAAUUUUGUUUAUCUUUGAGUGUGGCAAGGCAAAGAUUUCUUUUAAAAUGUUUAAAAGUUUGUUAUUAUUUUGACAAAAAUGAUAACUGAGCAAUUUCCUGAUGAAAAUGAGAUCCUCAAACUAUAGAUAACCCUGACCAGUUCCUGUUGUGGCUGUGGUCAAUCUAUAUUGUUCACAGCUCUGACCUUUUCCUGUUGUAGCUGCGGUCAAUCUAUGUUGGACACGGUCCUGACCAAUUCCUACUGUGACCGUGGUCAAUCUAUGUUGGUUGUGGCCCUGACCAUUUUUUGUUGUGACGGUGGUCAAGCUAUGUUGGAUGCGGCCCUGACCAAUUCCUACUGUGGCUGUGGCCAGUCUAUGUUGGUUGUGGCUCUGACCAUUUCCUGUUGUGACUGUGGUCAAUAUAUGUUGGUUGUGGCCCUGACCAUUUUCUGUUGUGACGGUGGUCAAGCUAUGUUGGAUGCGGCCCUGACCAGUUCCUGUUGUGACGGUGGUCAACCGAUGUUGGUUGUGGCCCUGACCAGUUCCUGUUGUGACGGUGGUCAAUCUAUGUUGGUUGUGACCCUGACCAUUUCCUGUUGUGACGGUGGUCAAGCUAUGUUAGUUGCAGCCAUGACCAUUUCCUGUUGUGACCGUGGUCAAUCUAUGUUGGUUGCAGCCCUGACCAGUUCCUGUUGUGACCGUGGUCAAUCUAUGUUGGUUGUGGCCCUGACAAUUUCCUGUUGUGACCGUGGUCAAGCUAUGUUAGUUGCAGCCCUGACCAUUUCCUGUUGUGACCGUGGUCAAGCUAUGUUGGUUGUGGCCCUGACCAUUUCCUGUUGUCACCGUGGUCAAUCUAUGUUGGAUGCGGCCCUGACCAGUUCCUGUUGUGACCGUGGUCAAUCUAUGUUGGAUGCGGCCCUGACCAGUUCCUGUUGUGACCUAUAG